AUGUCGUUGCCUAAUCCCCUCCUCCUUCUUACCGGCCUUACCAUUGGUGCAGCACUGAUUCUGCCGCCCAGUUAUGAUAUAGUUUGGAACACCCCAGCUCCGCCAGUCAAUGGCUCGUCUAGCUCGAUGCCGGUUGGUGGCGGCGACAUUGGUCUGAAUGUCUGGGUUGAGAAUGACACUGUUCUGUUCUACGUUGGCAAGGACGGCUGCUUCGACGAGAACAACAGUCUGCUCAAAUUAGGGAGAGUCCGCCUUACACUGGAUCCAAAUCCGUUCGCGCACAGCCAGGCAUUCGAGCAGCGACUCGUCCUUGAGGACGGUUAUGUGCAAAUCUCGGCUGGCAAUAGCUCAACGGUGAAGCUCUGGGUCGAUGUCUUCAAUCCGGUCGUCCAUGUCGAGGUGUCGACGUCUGCACGUUCGCAUUUGACAGCGUCCUUUGAGGACUGGAGGAAUCAGGACCAUGUAAUGGCGUUGGCCGAGCAGGCGCAAUCAUCAUGGAACGGCGUCCCGGAUAUGAAUACCAUCACAUGGAAAGACAACGUCACAUUCUGGCGUAACAACUCCGUCCUGUCUUCUCACCGCAACAUCAACUCAAGAGUAUUUGAUGCGACGCUCGCGCAACAGCAGUUGAGUGAUUACAAAGAAGAGCUCUACGACCCACUUGCGAACAAUACUUUCGGCAUGGUGAUGUACGGCUCUGGACUUGCGCCUACCAACGUCACAUCUGACCACUAUGUGAACUCGUCGUACGAGUCCUGGAACCUUCAGAGUACACAAGCACGCACAACAUUCAAUCUGACGAUCGUUGCGCACACAAACCAGACUUCUUCGUAUUCCCAGUGGCAGGACGAACUUGUGGCAAUUGAUGCAUCGGCAUCAAAUCAAGGGCAAGGCCCCACUGUUGACUGGUGGAACUCUUUCUGGAACAGAAGCUAUAUUUUUGUCAAUCCUAAUUCCAGCACUUCCGACCCGUCUUUUCAAGUCGGUCGAAAUUAUCAACUCUUCCGCUACAUGCUUGGAUGCAAUGCCUUCUCAAAGUGGCCUUCGAAGUUUAACGGCGCACUCUUCACCUUCGAUCCGGUCUAUGUUAAUCCAAAUUAUCCAUUCACUCCAGAUUUCCGACUUUGGGGCGGUGGCACAUAUACAGCCCAAAACCAGCGUCUUAUGUACUGGCCCCUCUUAAAGUCCGGCGACUUGGACAUGAUGAUUCCGCAAUUCAACUUCUACGAGCGGAUUGUCGGGACCAGCACUCUCAGAGGAAGAGUGUACCACAACAUCAAUCACUCUUGGCUGACGGAGCAGAUCGAUAAUUCAGGCCUCCCACAGAUAUUCAACUUCAACCCUGACAUCUAUAUCUAUGGGACCAAGAGACCGCUGAGCUUCAAUCCUGGAUUGCAAUUUGAUGCGUGGAUCAUUUGGUUGUCAGACACUGCUCUCGAGUUCGCUAUGAUGAUCUUGGAUGCGGUUCAAUUCUUCAGCUUCGACGCAACACCAUACAUGCCAUUCAUUGAAAAUGAGAUCAUGUGGUUCGACGUUCUCUAUACGCAAAUGCAGCAGAGCCGUGACGUCUACGGUUUGACGGGAACAAGCGGCAAUGAGACACUCGUCCUCUACCCGGCUACUGGGUGUGAGACUUAUAAGGCGGCUUACAACCCAGCAUCUACUGUGAGUGGGCUGCGUGCAAUUGUGACCCGCAUCUUGCAAGUCAAUCCACAGUAUGCGAUCGGCAAUACCAGCUACUAUCAGGGACUGCUUCAACGCAUCCCGUCCACUCCACUGCGGCAGCAGCAAGGCCAUCAGUGCAUCGCUCCAGCAGAGGCGUAUGCACGCCUCCAAAAUGUUGAGAUACCACAGCUUUACCCUGUCUUCCCUUGGCAUGAGUAUGGCUUGGGUUUGCCAAACCUGAGCUACGCAAUCAACACUUAUCUCUACGAUACCGAAACGCAAGCUUUCCACUCUUAUGAAGGCUGGAAGCAGGACGCCAUUUGGCUCGCGGACAUGGGCCUUGCCGAUAUGGCCCAGAACGUAACGACUCUGAAAUUACAAGACAGCAAUACGAAUCGCUUCCCGACGUUUUGGGGACCCGGGUUCGAUUGGACGCCGCAGAUGGACACCGGCGGUACAGGCAUGAUUGCGCUGCAAGACAUGCUGAUGCAGACGUACGGCAACGCAAGCCGCACCAUACGGCUCUUGCCCGCUUGGCCAGGAAAUUGGACGGCGGAAUUCAAGUUGGUGGCACCGUUCAAUACCACCGUGGAGGGCAGCGUGCGGGGCGGAAAGCUGGUAUCGCUCAGUGUAGACCCGACUGAGCGCAGGGGAGACGUCAUCAUUUGA